CUAAUAAGUCAUGUGACAUGUACCCCGGAAGUGCUCAGUCUUUUCAACCUAUUUUGUCAAAACGUAAAUCACAUUAUACAUAGCUGUUUCAGUGUGUGUGUGUUUCAGAUUUUUAUCCAAUUCAACCCUUUUUAAACACGAUGCUUCCCGCAGCUGCAGUUUUCCGUUUCCCUUGGGAAGUAAACUCUGGAGAGGUGCAGGAAGGGGACUCAGUCAGAAUACUUGGCAGACUUGUCUGCUAUCAACCUGAAGAGUCCAGGGCUACGCUGUCAUCUCAGCAUGCUUCAAAAGAGCACCAUGUGAUUAUCCACACCUUGUUUGUGGAACCCUUCAACCCAAUAAUUGGAGCCCACUACUUAGUUCUGGGUGACAUAGAAAAUGCUGAUGGGGUUGGUGUGAUGGUCCGUGCUCGUGUGUUGAACUGUGUCGAUGGUGUAAACGUUGCCCUUUUACAGAAAGCCAUCAAUGAGCAAAGGAGCUUCUUCAGGGAGAGGGAGUGCAAACGGGCUGAUGCAGCACAACCUGCACAUGAAACCUGAUCAGAAUCUUAAUACAUCAGGUUUCCCAGGAUGCCCUUUGAGUAUCAUACAGAGUCAAAUAUUUGUCAAGAUGCACUGGAGUGCUAUUGUGGGAGUGAACUUUAAGACUGUUUGGUUAAAUGUAGAAGACUUAAGUUUGACUGUCUUGUCUACCUCUGACCAUAGUUUUUUGCACUUUAUCAGUCCUGGGGGGUUGCUGUUUGACAGUUGAAGCCCCAAAUUAAUGGAGUGACAUCAGGAUUUCAAGGUUGGUCAAUGACAAGUAGAUGUUUUGGUGCCAUGACUUCUGCUGUGCAUUUUAUAGCCAUGUCUGUCAGUGUUGAGACAUCUGCACUAUCUUGAAGUAAAUGUUGAAAAACUGCCUAAUGUACUUAUAUGUUGUAUUUGAAUAACUACACAGCACUGACAGUCCACACUUUUUUAGCCAUUAUAAUUUAAAUUUAUUGAUAUGUUCAUAAAGUAUCAAACAAGACUGAGUUUAAAGUGAACAGUGUCAUAGAUAGCCCACAAGUACAGAAUCAAACCAAUCCUGAUAAAGCAUUGCACCAUGUCCCAGUGUCCCUAAUAACAUGAUAUCAAACGUUAACUGUAUUAAUAUCCUUGGUAUUUAAAUUAAAUCAAAACAACAUUUGCCCACAUCACACAAGUUUGGUAAACAACGGCAACUCAGCAGCAUUCAUUUUGGCUAGACAAACAACUUUGCAG